GGCGCGCCGAGCUCGCGGCGGGACAGAGCGCCAGGCGUCGUGGUGAGGAUGGCCACGCUGCGCAGACUGCGAGAGACGCCUCGGCACUUACUGGUCUGCGAGAAAUCCAACUUCGGCCACGACAAGUCGCGCCACCGGCAUCUUGUGGAGACGCACUAUCAUAACUACCGGGUUUCAUUUUUCAUUCCUGAAUGUGGGGUGCUACCGAAAGAACUGAAAAGCCUGGUCAUGGAAACUGGACCCUAUUACUUUGUGAAGAAUUUGCCUCUUCAUGAAUUAAUAACACAGGAGUUCAUCAACACCUUUGUAAAGAAAGGCUCGUGCUAUGCACUCACAUACAAUACCAAUAUUGAUGAGGAUAACACUGUUGCCCUGCUACCAAAUGGGAAGUUAAUUUUAUCACUGGAUAAAGACACUUAUGUAGAAACUGGACUUCAUGGUUGUCCAUCUCGGUAUUCUGGCAAAAAAGCCAUGAAGUUUAUUGUUUCCAUUGAUUUGAUGGAUUUAUCCUCUAACCCAGAUUCUAAGAAGUAUGAAAGAGUAUCUUGGUCCUUAAAGAAGCCAUUGAAAUUUGAUUUUCUUUUGGCGUGGCAUCAUACAGGUACAGAAGAAUCAACGAUGAUGUCAUACUUCUCCAAAUACCAGAUUCAGGAGCACUGGCCAAAAGUAGCCCUGAGUACAGUGAGAGAUGUGCAGUGCCCAGUGCUGCAGAGCAGUGAGCUCGGGGGACAGCCAGAGACAUCCUGCAGCGCCCCGGAGCUCUUCGACUGGCUGGGUGCUGUCUUCUGUAAUGCCGACUUAAAUAACGAGCCUAAUAAUUUCAUAUCAACCUAUUGCUGUCCUCAGCCGAGCACAGUGGUGGCCACAGCUUACUUGUGUACAAUCACUGGCUUCAUACUUCCGGAGAAGAUUGGUGUCCUCCUGGAACAACUGAGUCACUACUUCGAUGAACCAAAGUUAUCUCCAUGGGCUAUUGUUCAAGGCUUUGCAUACAGCCCCGUUUCCUGGAGGGAGAAUGAACAUGGUUUUCAUAGAGGAGGAAAACAUUUGUACAACUUCGUGAUUUUUAAUAACCAGGACUGUUGGCUUCAGAUGGCUGUUGGAGCACAUGAUGACUGUCUACCAUGAGAAAUGCAGAAUUGAAAAUCACGUUUGUUUAUCAGUGCUUGUUUUCAGAUUAACUGUAAAGGGCUGUGUGUGCACUCAGGCCUGUAUAGCGAUGACAUUCUCAGCUUGACAUUAGCUUGCCUUCUGCUCUGCGGUGGGGUCAUCUAUGUGGGCAGCUGGGCCAGCUGUCUGUCACUAGCUCAUGGCUGAUUUCUCUCCAUCAUUGCAAGCACAGGGUUGUGCUUCCUGCACUGUAGCAUAAGCUGGAAUGGCAAAGACCAAGGGUGUUGGACCAUUCAGUGAGGGGUGUGCUGUUGAUCAUUACACCUUCUUUACAUAAUGAAAAGAAGUC